AUGGUGGUGGGCCUGGAGGUUCAGGUAGCUCCUAGCGUGAGGAAAGAAAAGAUACAGAAAACUCCCCUAAACAGGGAGAGGAAAGCGCAGCAAGGUCUUGUGCAAGGGGAAUAUGGAGGCUCUGGCAAAAGCACAGGGGAGGUGGGACGUGGAUUCUGCCAUGGCUUCCAGCAGCAACAGCCUGGACCUCAGAGACAGGUGAGAGAAAGUAACGCAGAGAUUCAAGAACUUAAAAAAGCCAAUGGUGCCUCUCAGAACGUGUCCCAGCAAGUUGCUCUGCUGACCUCCAAGAUCGUGAGUCUUGACAACAAACUUCAAAGCCUAGAGCAGGCUAUCCAGAGGAAAGCGUGCAGUAGUAACCCCUGUGAGAACUCAGGGACCUGUGUAAACUCGAUGGAUGGUUUCUUUUGCCUCUGUCCCAGCAACUGGCAGGGCCUCCUGUGUUCAGUGGAUGUUAAUGAAUGCCAGAUUUAUGCUGGAACAGCGUUAGGCUGCCAGAAUGGAGCCACUUGUGUGAACACACCAGGCAGCUACAGCUGCUCCUGUACUCCAGAAACCUACGGGCCUCGCUGUGCCUCGAAGUUUGAUGACUGCCAGAGAGGAUCUGAGAUGCUCUGUGGGCAUGGCACCUGCAUAGGUGCAGAGAGGGAUCAGCCCAACAAGCCCAAGUACCGCUGUAUCUGUGACAUUGGCUGGAUGUCCCCUCCUGGCAGCCCUGCCUGCAGUGCUGAUAUAGAUGAAUGCAGCCUCCCUAAUCGUCCGUGUUCACAGAAUCCGCUUGUGCAGUGCCACAACACACCAGGCUCCUACUUAUGUGGUCCCUGCCCCACAGGCUGGCAAGGAAAUGGCUACAGUUGCCAAGACAUUGAUGAAUGUGAAAGUAAUAACGGAGGUUGCUCAACAGCGCCCAUAGUUCGAUGUAUCAACACAAUGGGAUCCUUCCACUGUGGGCUCUGUCCACCAGGUUAUGAGGGAGAUGGACAAACAUGUACGCAGGUUGAUAUCUGCUCAAUAAAUAACGGAGGGUGCCAUCCUUUGGCUACUUGUACCUCAGCUCCAGGGCCAAUGCCGUUUUGUUCCUGCACAUCUGGGUACACUGGAAGUGGAUAUGGGCCAAACGGGUGCUCUCCUCUCAGUGAUAUUUGUCAGCUGCAAAAUCCUUGUGCAAAUGGGCAGUGCUUGGCAAUGAUCUCUGGAUACUUCUGCCUGUGUAAUGCGGGCUGGACAGGCCCUAACUGUACGGAGAACAUUGAUGAAUGCAUUAGCAACCCGUGCCAGAACGGGGGGAGCUGCACCGAUGGGGUCAACGGCUACUCCUGUGAGUGCACCAGCGCCUGGACAGGACCACAGUGCCAGACUGCCCAGCAAGCUUGUGGAGGAUACCUCUCAGGCUCCAGGGGGACUUUCAGUUACCCUAACAAUCCAAACAGCCAGCGGUACAACAGCAGGGUCAGCUGCGCUUGGGUUAUUCAAACUAAUCCCAACAAGAUUCUGCGUAUUAUCUUCCCAUUCUUCCAACUGGAGGCAAGUAAUGAGUGUAACUCUGAUUUCCUUCAAAUCCAUGAUGGGCCUUCAGCGUCAAUGCACAUGCUGGGAAAAUACUGUGGCUCCUCACCUCCUGCAGAGCUUUUCAGUUCCCACAACUCCCUGUAUUUUUGGUUCUACUCAAACCACACGGUUAUGGCUGGAGGUUUUACUGUUCAGUGGGAAUCUCGGGAUCCUGAAUGUGGUGGUGAGCUGACGGGUACUUACGGCUUGAUAAGCUCUCCAGGAUACCCUGGUAACUAUCCUGUAAACAGAGACUGUUUCUGGACCAUCUCAACCAGUCCUGGCCUCCUCAUCACAUUUGCUUUUGGCACACUAAGCCUAGAACACCAUGAAGACUGCAAUUAUGACCAUUUAGAGAUUCGAGAUGGUCUUCUUCCACAAGACCCUGUCCUUGGCAAAUACUGUAGCACUGGAUCUCCACCCCCACUCCAAACCACUGGUCCGUAUGCAUGGAUUCACUUUCACUCUGAUGACUUAGUUACUGAUAAAGGCUUCCACAUUCUCUAUACAACAUCUCCUGCAGAUCCAAGUUGUGGAGGAAAUUACACGGAUAGUGAAGGGGUUAUCACAUCCCCUUUCUGGCCUAACCCUUAUAUCAACAAUCGACAAUGUAUUUACAUUAUCAGACAGCCAGAGGAUGAAAAAAUAUACCUCAACUUCACCCAUAUGGAGCUGGAGAGUCACACUGGUUGUUCAUCGAAUUAUAUUGAG